AUGACGAGGUCAGGAACAAUAUCACCGACGAUCGCGGUGUCUCGUUUUAAUUUAGAGGGCGCCAGCAACACGUGCUGGUCCCCGCCCGCCGGCCCCUCCCUGCACCACGCGGUCCGGGCCCAGGUGCCGGCGCCCAGGUGCGCCGGGCACGGGGCUGCAGCUCCGCUCGGCAUCCGACAGCGGGCGCCGCUGCAGCAGCUCGCGGGCCUCGGAGCUGAACGGCUUCGCGAGUUGGGGCAGCUCCUCGCGCUCGGCCCUGCUCGGCGGCGAGAGCUCCGCCCGGGCGCCGGGUUCCCACCGCCGCGAGAGACGGCGGGCGCCGAGGGGACGGGCCGACCUCCGCGCACCAUUUGCCGGCCCGGGGCGGGCAGGCGGGCGAGCAGCGAGCGCCGGGGAGAGCGGAGAGCCAGGCCAGCCCGGAGCGCGCCGGAGACACCCCGAGCGCCCCGCGUCCUGGCAUCAUGCGACCCGCCGCGCGUCCUCCUCGCGGGCCCGGGGCUUCGCUCUCCGCUCGCUGAGCCCCUGCGCUCGCCACCACGGAAACUCGGAAAGAGGAGGCGAGGCUGUGGGGAGUGGCGCGGGGACGGACUAGACUUCCCCUUCGCCCCCAAGAGGCUGCCGGUCCCCGGUUCCCUGGGCUUCUCCAGCUUUAUCAUGAACCUGGCGCAAGGUUGGCUUUAGGAGAAAUUCAGGAGCCGGAGGGAGAGUCAAGGCAAUUCUUUGGUUGCUAAGUGUGAGUGAAGACACUCAGGAUGGCUCAGGGAUCCGGGGAUCAAAGAGCAGUGGGGAUUGCUGACCCAGAGGAGAGUUCUCCCAACAUGAUCGUCUACUGCAAAAUUGAAGACAUCAUUACAAAGAUGCAAGAUGACAAGACAGGGGGUGUACCCAUCAGAACAGUCAAGAGCUUUCUCUCCAAAAUCCCCAGCGUUGUCA